AGCUGUCAAAGUCAAGAUGCCUACGCCGGUCGCGAAGGGUAUGUCUCUGGUUUUCCUUCUUGAUGUGCUCUAGCAUUUCUUUUCUCUUCAUUCUGGACUAUAGAGCGUCACUCUAGGCGGUGUGCUUAUCAGUGAUGGUGAUGGUGAUGUUAUUACUCCUUAAGGGGAUUUCCAACUGUCAUCUAUAGAGGAAUUUGUAUUUCUUGCUUCUUUAUAAGCAAGAAGGAUGUUUAAUAUACUGUCGAAUAUAUCUCGAGAGAGAUGUUCUGUUCUGACAGGAUACAGGAAUCAUUAUUGGCGUGGCGGCACUGGUUGCCGCCGGCAUUGCAGUCUACGAGUCCCCCCAGUUCCGACGAUGGGUGAACAAUUCACGACGGAAGCUUGCUAUGGCCUUGCACAACCUUGGCGAUGAGAUUAGCCCUGGAGAGAUGGACUCGCCACUUCGGGAUAUUUCCAUGGUGGAAGAACCCGGCGUGGCGGCUGAGGAGCGAAGACGAAUUGCACGGGAGGAGCUCCAGCUACGACGAAGCAUACUUGAGGAACGCCAGAAAUGGCGGUCAAAUGCGUCCAUCGGCACCUUUGAUACACUUGUAGACGAACACGGUAAUCUUCUGGAUUCUAGAGACCAACCGGAAACCUCUAUGGCGAAUUCCACAGCGGUGGACCUAGGCGCCGCCCAAGCCCUCCAGCGAGGGAAGCAAUCAGGGUUCUCAGCCUCAGCAUCAACCCUAACGAAUGAGGAUAAACCUAUUUAUGAGCAUGAUAGAUUGCAGCUUUCUAUUCCGGCCCCACAAAGCCGGGCACCGUCUGUUACUGCUGGCGACUUCACGCCUGUCUCUGAGAUUUCAAACAACUUAUCAGCUUCUGUCAUUUCUCAGCCGUCCGGCGAUGAACAUCGACCCAGGUCCGCAUCGUCAUCUAGCCACACUGAAGGCGGAUUCUCUGAAGUAAUCUAUGCGCAUCCCGAGUCGAUAGCUAACGGAAGCAUCCAGGAGGCACGGUCCCCCUUUUCAGAUCUAGAAGGCUUGAGUUUUGCCCAGGAGCGCCCUGCAACGCCAGCCACGCCAUCCACAGCUGAUGGUUAUAGUCAUAUCGCCAUGGAUGCGUCGUCGGAUGGUACCCUAAGUGAUAUGGAGGGCUCUGUGCAUGGAAUUAUGACCCCGGCCAGUUGGUCGGAGGUUGGAAGCGAAGUCAGCAGCGACGAGUACAAUCAUCAUGGAUUCUAACAAAAUACCAGGACCUUUAGAACUGGAAUCUAGUGAUAAAUCCGUUUUCGGGAGGGAAUAAUCGCGUGUACUAUGAUAAUAUCUGGCGUUGAGGCGUGAGACGCUUGCUUUUGUUUUGCGAAGUAGGUAGUUAGUUCACUCAAUACAAUUGGCACAAAAUCUCCAAAUCGUACCUAGGUAUGGAAUAGAAACGAGCUCUAGAUCCUUCCAACAAUUAGCCACACAUGUUUUAACCAAUGAG